AUGCUCGCCCGCCACACUCCUGCUGCGCAGACGCUGAGCGCCGUCACCCAACGAGCUCUUCCUGCAGCAUCUGCAGCUUCACGUCUUUCGACCGCCGCCACCCCGUCGCAACCCUCGCGGCGGAGUCUCGCUACCGUCACCGAUGCACCAAAGAGGACACACGGAGGCCUGAAGGACCAGGACAGGAUCUUCCAGAACUUGUACGGUCACCACGGCGCUGAUCUGAAGAGCGCGAUGAAAUAUGGAGACUGGCACAAGACGAAGGAGAUCAUACUCAAGGGCCACGAAUGGAUCAUCUCUGAGAUCAAGGCAUCUGGUCUGCGAGGCCGAGGAGGUGCUGGUUUCCCAUCGGGUUUGAAAUGGUCAUUCAUGAACACCAAGGGCUGGGAGAACGAUACGAAGCCCCGUUACCUCGUCGUCAACGCCGAUGAGGGCGAGCCGGGAACCUGCAAGGAUCGCGAGAUUAUGCGCAAAGACCCACACAAGCUCAUUGAAGGUUGUCUCGUGGCCGGCCGUGCCAUGAACGCGACCGCUGCCUAUAUUUACAUCCGCGGAGAGUUCUACCACGAGGCCACCGUCCUCCAACGUGCGGUCCAGGAGGCGUACCAAGCUGGCUUGAUCGGUAAGAACGCCUGUGGCUCCGGCUACGACUUCGAUGUCUUCAUUCACCGAGGCAUGGGCGCAUACGUGUGUGGGGAGGAAACCUCGCUCAUUGAAUCGCUGGAAGGCAAGCCCGGAAAGCCGCGAUUGAAGCCCCCGUUCCCCGCUGCCGUCGGUCUUUUCGGAUGCCCCUCUACCGUCGCCAACGUAGAGACUAUCGCUGUAGCGCCUACCAUUUGCCGACGAGGAGGAAGCUGGUUUGCUGGCUUCGGUCGCGAGCGCAACCAGGGUACAAAGCUGUUUUGUAUCUCCGGCCACGUCAAUAACCCGUGUACCGUGGAAGAGGAAAUGUCCAUUCCUCUCCGUGAGCUCAUUGACAAGCACUGCGGUGGUGUGAAGGGCGGCUGGGACAAUCUAAAGGCCAUCAUACCCGGUGGCUCUUCGACGCCGAUUCUACCCAAGCACAUCUGCGACGAUGUCCUAAUGGACUUCGAUGCCCUGAAGGACGCACAAUCUGGUCUGGGUACUGCUGCCGUCAUCGUCAUGGACAAAUCUACCGAUGUCGUCCGCGCUAUCCAACGUCUUUCUAAGUUCUACCACCACGAAUCCUGCGGCCAAUGCACACCGUGCCGUGAAGGCUCAAAGUGGACGCACCAGAUUAUGGACAGAUUCUACAAGGGACAGGCCCGGGAGCGCGAGAUUGACAUGCUUCAGGAGUUGACCAAGCAGGUCGAAGGUCACACUAUCUGUGCUCUUGGUGAGGCUUUCGCGUGGCCGUUGCAAGGCUUGAUUAGGCAUUUUAGGCCUGAGUUGGAGGCAAGAAUCAAGGACUACGGGGCCCAGCACGGCGGAGAGGCUCGCGCUGGUGGUUGGGCACACGAUGCGGACAAGAAGGGCCAACUUAUUGCCCCUGGUCAGUAG